CUUUGUCUCGCUCAACGUUGUACUUAUCUCAUAGACGCGUUUCUAGAACUCUUCUCCGUUCAAUACCCUGUAAUACCCCUGUUUUUUUUCUCAAUGGCCGAUCGCCAAAUUGCCAGCAAGAUUGAGGAGUAUAUCGAAAAGAUCCACUAUUCUGAUCGCUACUCUGACGACCUAUACGAAUAUCGUCACGUCAUCCUACCGAAACCACUACUCAAACUUGUUCCAAAAGAGUUCUUUGACGAUAAAGCAGGCACCCUUCGUCUACUAUCGGAAGCGGAGUGGAGAGGGAUCGGCAUUACUCAGAGCCUUGGCUGGGAGCAUUAUGAAGUACAUGCCCCAGAGCCGCAUGUCCUCCUUUUCCGUCGUGCGAAGAACUAUGGACUCCCCACGCAGCCGCAACCUGCCCCGGCUGCGAGACAAGCCAAUGCGAGGAAAAAGUAGCAUACUGUUCCACUUGGCUCCGGCAUUUCGUCCUUUCGCUUGUCUUGCAUCGCUUUCUUUACAGUUUCUUCAGUAUUAUCCAGUGCGUUUCCGAUACAUUGUAUCCAUUGUCUGCGGUGGCAUAUCUGGACUUAUGUCCGUUACGGUGCUUCCUCUCAAACCAUCAAGUAGUCUCACUUAGCACGAUGUUCAGGUUUAUCAAUGAGGCUAUGAACGUGCUUAUACUGUGGUAUGCGGCACUUUCAGGGCUCUCUAUUACUACCUUGUGCAAUUCAUCAUCAAUCAACUUA